AUGUCGAAAAAUGAUAGUACGCCUACGACCUCUCCAUACCCAUCAAGAGGUCCACUACAGUACAUACCCUUCAAGAUCUCACCUCCCCUGCUCAAUUCUGCAACCCCAUGGGCAACCGACACCGCGGAUCUCUCCACACUUUACGGGUCACCGCAUACAGGAGCAGUAACGAUCAGAACGUCUCUGCUAUCCGGAUUCAAGCAGAAUCGUGAUCAUCACCAAUACACAUUUUUCUCCACCGUUACUGGCCACUCGACUGCACAGAUCAAGCUUUCGGAGCAAGAAGGUCGAGGAGAGGUCAAAGAUGGGGAAACAAGCUCCUUGAAUACUUUCGGCUAUUCCCCCAUAACAUUCGAGGAAUACACGAAUAUACUUCGAACGUUUCGUGAUUCCGGAUUUCUGACUUCCGAUAACCCAUUUCCUGAUAAGAAAUCUAGGCUGAAGCCAUUCGUCGUCUCCGUGACUGGAAGCCCUGAAGAUAUCGGAAAAUGCUGUUACGAUCUUUUGUGUCUGCAAAAUGAGGAAGAGAGCGUGAAGUCUCGUGAGGGUAGUGGAGGAUUAAUGGUCAUGAUGGAAAUUAACCUGUCAUGUCCUAAUAUACCUGAAAAGCCGCCACCAGCAUAUGAUGCGGCUUCACUAUACACAUAUCUAUCCGCAGUCGCUGAGGCGAAAGCACUAUUUGCCUCAUCUCAUUCGAGUGCAGGUGGGAUCGGCCUCCACGUUGGAAUCAAGACACCACCAUACACUUACUCAGCUCAAUUCGAAGGAUUGAUCCAGGCUUUGGAAAAGGUUGCAAAUGACGGUGGACGAUAUCCAUUAUCUUUCAUCACUGCAACAAACACAUUAGGAUCCUGUCUUGUUCUCGGCGAACACAAUAUUUCGAGCCUUGGAAGUGCAAAUGGAAUGGGGAUUGGAGGGAUGGCAGGAGACGCGCUGCAUCCGAUAGCGUUAGGAAAUGUCAAAACUAUACGGUCGAUGCUUGAUGCUUCGGGCUAUCAGGCUUUGAAGGCGAUACAGCUCAUUGGAGUGGGUGGUGUAAAAGAUAAGGCUGGGUUUGAGAGGAUGAAGAGUGUUGGUGCAGCUGCUGUGGGUGUAGGGACCGCUUUUGGGAGAGAAGGGGUGACUUCAUUUUGCAAUAUAGCGAAAGUGCAGUGCAACAUAUGUAGCACGAAGGUUUCAAUAAAUGUUGAAUGA